AUGAGCCUGCUGAUGGCCAGUAUUCCUGCCGACGCGGCUUCGCUCUGCUCCAGUCUACGACGAGACCUCGUCCUCACCGCACGCACCGUGUCCACUCGCGCAAACAUGUCUACCAAAGUAGAAGGCCCUGCUGUCUGCAACAGCUGCAACUCAGUGAUCAAUGGAAGGAUAGUAACAGCUUUAAACAAGAAGUGGCACCCAGAACACUUCACCUGCAACACAUGCCGCAAGCCCAUAGAUGGCGCCAAGUUCCACCAACAUGAUGGAGGCGUCCACUGCGUGCCAUGCUUCGCUACCCACCACAGUCCCAGAUGCCAUGGGUGCGGAGAGCCCAUCACUGACCGCGUGAUCCAAGCUCUGGGAGUAUCGUGGCACGCUCACCACUUCGUCUGCGGAGGAUGCAAGAAGGAGCUCGGCGGUGGCGGUUUCAUGGAACAGGCCGGCAGACCAUACUGCUCAGCAUGCUAUGCUGACAAGUUCGCAGCUCGCUGCAACGGGUGCGCCAGACCCAUCACCGACAAGGCCAUCAUAGCGCUGGACGCUAAAUGGCACCGCGACUGCUUCACUUGCAUGAAAUGCAGAAACCCAGUGACAGACGCCACUUUCUCCGUCAUGGACAACAAACCACUUUGCGGCAAAUGCGCCUAAACGCACACACUGACAUUAAACGCACACACAAUUAUAUUUAUCACACACCCAUCGAGUAGCCAGGCGUAUGGUACCGACUACCCUAGCUUAUCGAAACGUUUGCUUCUCAAAGAUUGAAAGAUUAUUCGAUUAAUAAUUAAAUAGAUUUUAUAUUCAAAUUGGUUUAAAAGACUGUCACUAAAAUUUCAUGUUACGUAUUAUUUCUCUGAAUAUCUUGGCAUGAUUAACUGAGACCAUAAUCCAUUUUACGAGCAAUGUUUCAAUAAACUUACGAUCUUUGAGAACGCAAACAUAAGAAUGCUAAAAUAAAUAAUAAGAUAUUAGUUUUACGAUGAUACCUACAAAGAUUACAAAAGGAUACAGCAGAUAUAUGACAGUAUUUUUAAGUAAUAAUACAUUUUGUUUCUUAAAGUUGUAAAUUUUAAGGAAUUUAUGUUGAAGUCAUGCUGAACAACUUUUACGGCGUAAAGUGUUGUUAUAGCAUUUUCCGAUGUAACGUCAUCGCGGCCAUAUUGUUGUAAACAGUGCCAUGUAGUGGCAAACAGUGCUAUCCACUGGAAAACAGUGCCAUCUAGUGGCAUACACUUAAACAAUGGUCACUAGUUAAGAUACAAGUUAUUUUCGCUAUGACUGCACAUACUACGCUAC